UACAUGAGGCAGCUCCAUACCCUUUGCUUCAUCAUAAGCAAAGCUUCCAAUCAAUUCUGAGCUAGCUUUCUCAUCUGCCCACCAAGGAAUUAUAAUGCAAGGAAUUUCCAGGGCCGUUCGAUCAUGCCAGGAAAUACUCAAGGCUGCAAUUUUACAGCAUGCGCAAGGGAGAGAAAUUGCUGGAAUUGAAAAGAUAGUUUCAAGUUUAAAAUGGGUUACCUCUCCACCUGCACAGCAGAAAGGAUUAGAGAAUGUGACUGUAGCAGAUGUUCUGAUGACAAAAGAUGAACAAACUGGACCUUGGCUCUGGUGCCACACAAACGACAUUGUAAUUGAUGCCGUCAAAAAUAUGGCUAAAAACAAUGUCGGGUCAUUAGUGGUACUGAAGCCAGGAGAGCAACAAUACAUUGCAGGGAUCAUCACAGAAAGAGACUAUUUGAGGAAGAUAAUUGCACAGGAAAGGUCGCCCAAUCACACUAGAGUUGGAGAAAUUAUGACUAAUGAGAACAAAUUAAUAACAGUGACAUCUGACACAAACAUUCUUCAAGCAAUGCAACUCAUGACAGAGAAUCAAAUAAGGCAUGUUCCAGUUAUAGAUGGGAAGAUAGUUGGCAUGAUUUCAAUCAAAGAUGUAGUUCGAGCAGUAGUGGAGCAGCAAAGUGGGGAAUUAAAGCAACUGAACGAGUACAUAAAAGGAAAAUACUAUUAGAACCUAUGAUCUAUCUAAGUUUUUAUGUUCAUCAAAUUAUUGUAACACAACAUCAAUACAAAUUUGAAAAAUCACUGGCCAGUGGCCAGACUUCAAUGCGAAGCCCAAGUUCAAUAUCAAUGAGCCCAAUGGUUUUGAAGAACCUGCUAGUAAGUCGCAGUCACUAGACAAAAAACAAAAAGUGCCACAACAUGGUCUUCGACAAGAAGUCGGGCCACGGAAUAAAAACAGUGAAUAUAAGUGCACA